CUCUCUUCAGUUCUAAUUCUGAGUUUAUUUGAUUUAACGAUGCAUGAAUGUGAAGAAGAAGACUGAGUUUGAUAACCAUGUUCACAAUAGCUCUUGUAUCAGCACCAGUAGCAGUGCCGUGGUUGUUUAGGUAACCAGCAAAUGCUGUUGUGGACAAAACACUCCCAAUAAUGUCUACCAGACCUUUUAUUUUAAUGAAUACACAGUAUUUGACUUUGCAGAAAUUAUAGGAGACGCACAUUGGUGGCAUUUGUUAGAAUAUUGACAUUUUCCCCACUCAGAAAUACCAUUAAUUUUAAUUUUAAAGAAAGAAAAUGUGCUUAUGGAUACAUUACUUGUCUGAUACGUCACUUUAUGAUUUUAUUUGUAUUAUAUACGUUUUUAGUAAAUGUUUUGUUGCCAUAUUUGUGUUGUAGCAUUGGGGGCCCCUGAUUUAAUAUUUAAUUAACCAUCAAAAAUAGAUCAGUUGUACUAAUAAAAAGGAGAAAGAUGUAGAUUAGAAAGAGAGAAAAAGAGAAAGUGUGUGUGUGUGUGUGUGUGUAAGAGAGAGAGAGAGAGAGAAAGACAAAGACAGUUGUUGGUGUGAGAUAUAUCCCCCUCUUCAGACUGAACUGUCUCACCACACAAACUCAUCCCCCAACAGAGCCUCUGCAGUAGGAAGAGGAACACCAGCUGCAGCGCUUUCCUCCUCUGAAGAAGACUGAUCACUGCUAGAAGAUCAAUGAUAGAACAAUGCUAAGAGAUCACUGGUAGAAGAUCAAUGCUAGGAGAUCAUUUGUAGAAGAUCAUUGGUAAGAGAACACUCUAGAAGAUCACUGGUAAUGGAUACACCUCUCUUUAAAGCUGGUCUAACUUCAGGUAACUGUGAGAGUACCAGCAGAAGGACUUGGUCCAUCAUGUCUACAUUAAUGUAAAAGUGAAGACCUAGGACCUCGCCUACACCAAAACCAGACCAAGUUCCAUUCCAGCUGCAGAUACAAGAGAAACAACCCCAGCGACGGCUUCUGAAAUGCAAAGUACUUCUCAAUGGCUUGAAGAAACCAGAGGACUUGCCAACUUUUAGUGGACUUUUCGAGAAGAUCUGCAGUAUCGUCCAGAGCUGCUGAUUUUGCCUCUAAAGCAUGGUGGUGGAAGUAUCUGUGACGUUUAUUUUUUGCUGUAUAUUAAUGACAGCGAAGGCACUGAUCGACUCUGAUGAUGUCAUCACACGAGAUGAGCAAAUCUUCCUCCUGAUUGGAGCACGUACCAAGUGUGAGAGGAGCAUCCGCUCGCAGCAGGGCUCCAUAAGAGAAAACGACUGUGUGCCAGAGUGGGAUGGUAUUAUCUGCUGGCCCAGAGGGAAACCUGGUCAGCUGGUGGCCGUACUUUGCCCCGAAUACAUUUAUGACUUCAACCAUCAAGGUAAUGCAUACCGGAACUGUGAUGUGUCAGGGAACUGGGAGCAGGUGCCCAUUAUUAAUCGAACCUGGUCUAAUUACACCGAAUGCACCACCUACCUACACUCCAACCACGCCGGCCAGCAGGAGGUAAAGGCUGUUUUUAGGAGACUUCACCUGAUGUACACCACGGGCUACUCCAUCUCUCUGGCCUCUCUACUGGUGGCUGUGUUCAUCCUCUGCUUCUUCAAACGUCUGCACUGCACUCGCAACUACAUCCACACCCAUCUGUUCACUUCUUUCAUAUGCCGAGCGGUCAGCAUCUUCGUGAAAGACGCAGUACUCUACACCUUCGCUGAAGAAGUCGAGACAGACUAUGUGGUGGUGGACCCCAGACCCCCGAUGGUGGGCUGCAAGCUGGCUGUGACCUUCUUCCUGUAUUUCCUGGCCACUAAUCAUUACUGGAUCCUGGUGGAGGGGCUCUACCUGCACAGUCUGAUCUUCAUGGCCUUCCUGUCUGAUAAGAAUUAUUUGUGGGCUCUUACCAUCAUUGGCUGGGGUGUUCCUGCGUUGUUCGUGUCCAUUUGGGUCAGCGUUCGAGCCUCACUCGCAGAUACACAAUGCUGGGAUAUCAGUGCAGGAAAUCUGAAAUGGAUCUAUCAAGUUCCCAUCCUGGCGGCUAUCGUUGUAAACUUCUUCCUCUUCCUCAACAUCAUCAGGGUUUUGGCAUCUAAGCUGUGGGAAACUAACACUGGGAAAUUGGACCCUAGACAGCAGUACAGGAAGCUCCUAAAGUCCACACUUGUGCUGAUGCCCCUGUUUGGUGUUCACUACAUGGUCUUCAUGGCUCUGCCCUAUACUGAGGUCACCGGGUUGUUAUGGCAGGUCCAGAUGCACUACGAGAUGUUCUUCAACAGCCUGCAGGGCUUUUUUGUGGCCUUCAUCUACUGUUUCUGCAAUGGAGAGGUGCAGGCGGAGGUAAAGAAGGCGUGGCUGAGGCGAAGCCUUGUCCUCGAUCUUAAGCAGAAAGCUCGCAUCACCAGCAGCGCAGGGGGCGGAAGCUGUUACUACGGAGGCAUGAUGUCCCACACAACCACCCAGAGCGUCUGCCUGAGCGUCAGUGGCUCUAAGGCCCUAGCCCUCGGAGGCGGGGCCCUGGGCAUCAGGGGUCAAGCCCAUUCCCAGCCCGUAGCCAGCUUACCAGGGGACAUACCCAAUAACACUGAAACUACAUUACCCGCAGUGCAGGAGCCUGGGCUGAUCUGGAGACGGGCUGACAGCACGGGCAUACUGUACAAUCUAACCGAAGAAGAGGAUGCUGGACCUGGAGGACAGGAUGAGCAAAUAGACAAAGACCUGUCACUGUCCCUCAUACCUGAAGAUCACUCCAGCUCUCGGUCUUCCAGAGUUCUGGAGACUGUUGUGUGAAAGACUGUGGGGAACUGGGCACGUGGGAAGGGUAAUGUAUUGCUACGGCAGCAUAAAGGACACACCUGAGUGAGAUAGUUUUAAGCGUAAGCUGAAUGUCUGGGUUUUGUUUUCUCAGGUAAUUGUGAUCUUGUCAAAUUUCUGAAAGCAGUGUGCUAUGAAAAAUCUGACAUUUGUAGAUGCACAGUUUGUGUUUUCCACCAUCCAUGUAGGAUAUUUUUGGGUUAUGCGCCCUCUUGUAGAAUGGUAAUGAGCAGGGGUGGCAGUCACAGGGCAUCUCACGAUAUGGUGAUAUCUUCAUAUAUCACAAGACAGUUGUCUGUGAUACUUCUCAGCAUCUGUGUUACCGAAGAGGAUAAAAUACUCCUAAAUAAGAAAAUAUCAGGAUCUAUGGAUUUAUUAGUGACAUUCAUUUGAUAAGCGGCACCAUGUAGAAUAAUGAAGCAGUACCUUCAUUAUUAAGUAAGUCAAAUUUUGGGGCAAGUUUAAAGUACCUAUGUGUCAACAGAAAUCUAAAUAUUUGAUGCCACAUAUUAAUACGAUAUGAUCAAAACAAUACAAUAUUGAUAUAUUGUCCCACCCCUAUUCCAGGCAGGAUAUUUUGAGUGGUGAACCCUUUCUCAGCGUAGCAGUAAGACUGACAUGUUUUCUGCUAACAAAAAAAGUGGCUGCAUAUGGUUACUUUCACCACCAUGCUUCACAGUUGGUAGAAUUAAUUGAGUUUCAAUGCCCAUACCUUUACUCCUGCAAACAAAUCUUAACUCACUUGAAGUUACUCUUUCCUGGAUGUUGUUGGAUGGUAAGCCAUAUGUUUUCAUCCAUCCAUCCAUUGUCAAUACCCGCUUUAUACACCCUGGCCACAUUUUCCACUGACAGAAAAUCAGUUCCAGAGCAUGUUGCUACAGAGCAUAAUGUGUAUCUGGCUCAGACACUGUUUUGGUUAAAAUGUAAAUGGUUUGGUAAUAAAAACCUGAAUUGUAUUUAAAUUGUAAAAAUAUAACAAAACUUGGAUAAACUGGGUGUCCAGUGGAAAAUUCAGGUUUGUUUCUGGUCCUUUAGGCUGAAAACUCAGGCUGAAAACAUCCCAGUUCUUGUAUGGCACGUUCUAGUUCCUGCCAAUAUCCAGCAACUCUGCACAGGUAUUGAAACGAAGUGGACUAACAUUCCACAGCACACAAUUCACAGCCUGAUCAACUCUAUGCAAAAGAGGAUGUGUUGCACUGCGAGAGGCAAAAGGUGGUUACUCCAGAUACUGACUGUCUUUCUGAACCCUACAGAUUCUCACAAUACUGUAAAACUGCACAUUUUUGAGUGGCCUUUUAUUGUGGCCAGCUCAAGCUACAUCUGUGUAAAAAUCAGCAUCUUGAUAGGCCACACCUGUGACUGGUAUAAAAUACAAAUUAUCCAACUUAAGGGGGAAAACUCUUGUUAACUCAUUCGGACCAGAAAAACAAACUACACAUGUGGUAUGAGAAGAGGAUGAGGUUACUCACUUUCUGAAUCAGUGUCUAGUUUUAAGAUUGUUAGUCAGCCAGACAAUUCUUGGUAGAUUCAGAUAUAUUUCAAUAAAAUUCUUCACACCUUCCUCAUAUUUUCUCUUAGCUUUGCAUGCUUAAAAUUCCAAAGUUGUACAGAGCUGCCCGUAAUGAAGCACUGAAUGAUUUCAGUGAAGAACUAAUUCAUUUAAUCAGCCAUUUCAGUGAUUGUAAAUGAUUACUAAAAGGCUGUAUUUUGUGUAUGAUUGGGUUGUGUUUGUCUUAUGUGAGUUUUAAGAUAGACAACCAUGCAGCCACAACUAUGGAAACAGAAAGGGUAACACACUUUUAAGAUGCUUAAAAGACAUUUAUAGUCUUAUUUACAGUUCAAGUUUUAAGAAAAUAAAUGUCCUGCACUGUUUUUCAGUGUGCUGUAUUAGCGUGUACUUCACUGUACUUGUGUUGUGGUCCAUAUCUGUACUGUAAUUCUAUUCCUGCUGCUGUUUAUAUUUAUUAUUUCUUGCUCAAAUCGUUGCAAUAUGAAGCAAAACGUUUAAAACCUAAGCAUGCUGAAUGAGUGUGAUUAAAAGAUCUUGGUGUAUUCUUUUAUCAACAGUAUUAGUUUUGUAGUCACACACUGGAUAUUUAAUGAAAAAUGCACAACUGUAAUAUGAAUUUCAAAUUAAAAGGUUACUUUUUGUAUAUUUGUAUGUUCUGUUAUAUUUAUGCCAUUGGUUUGUACCAUCUAAAAACUCUCUCACGCAAAGCCAAUCAGAAUCAUUCCUUUCAUUUGGGAACAAAGUAUCUGUUUGGAUGUAUUCAAUAAAAUGAAUUAAUAAUAAAACGAUUUGUGUGGCAUAAGUUUAGGUG